AAAUGGAAGAGCAUUAUGAAAAAUUGAAUAUUCUAGGCAAAGGGUCUUUUGGAGUUGUUUAUAAGGUGAUGAGGAAAAGCGAUUAAAAAAUACUUGCUUGUAAAGAAUUACAUUAUGGAAUCAUGACUGAGAAGGAAAAGAAUUAAUUAGUUAAUGAGGUAAAUAUACUAAGAGAAUUAACACAUUCAAACAUUGUUUAAUAUUAUGAAAGGUAUCGAGUUAAUUGAAUACAAUUAGAAUUAUUGAUAAAAAACAAGCUAAAAUUUAUAUCAUCACUGAAUACUGUUCUGGAGGGGAUCUUAGUUAGUUACUUAAGAAAUGUAAAAAGGAUAAAGAUUACAUUGCAGAAGAUGUAAUUUGGAAGAUAUUCACUCAGUUGUCUUUGGCAAUUAAUGAAUGUCAUAAUAGAACUCCUAAAAUUUUGCAUAGAGAUGUUAAGCCUGCUAAUAUAUUCUUAGAUGAAAACAACAAUAUCAAACUCGGAGAUUUCGGGUUAUCAAGAAUUUUAGGUGAAAACUCCCAAUUUUGUAAAACUCAUGUUGGAACACCCUAUUAUAUGUCUCCAGAAUAAAUCACUGAAGCCUAUUAUGACGAAAGCAGCGACAUUUGGUCGUGCGGAUGCUUGCUUUACGAAUUGGCAGCCUUAAAACCACCUUUUGAAGCAACCAAUCAUUUGAGUUUAGCUAUAAAAAUCAAAAGUGGUCAAUUUGAUAGAAUUCCUCUAAGAUUUUCUGAGGAUCUUCAUCAAUUAAUUACUUCUAUGCUUGAUGCCGGUUCUAAUUUAUGUUUAUCAUUUUAGAUCCGUCUAAAAGACCUAGUGUCAUGGAGAUUCUCAAAUUACCUCUAAUUAGUUUGAGGAUCAAGGAGAAGAAGUUAAAAGAGAGACAUGCUCAAAUAAAAUUGAAAGAAGAGGAACUUCGAUAGAAGGAAUAACAGUUGAAGAUGUGGGAGCAAAGCUUGGUUAAAUAACUUAAUUGAGGAGAAAGUCUCAAUUUAUGAUAGUG